AUGACAACUCGUAAUUUAACAUCACAGUUUGAACAAUUUCGAAACCGUGCUACCCGUGAACCGCAUUAUCUUGUUGAUAAUAAAUCUAUUGGUGAUCGUACAGCAUUAUUACAAAGUGAAGAUGAAGAUAUUGUUCACUUUGAAAAGCCUGAUUUACCACUAUGGAUGGAAUUGGAACGAAAAAUACAAUUACAGCUCGAUGAAGUACGAAGUCAAGUUAAAAAAUUACAACAAUUACAAAAUAAGUAUUUAAAGCAACCUGAUUUUGAUGAUAAUUUAACUAAUAAAAACCAAAUUGAUACACUUACAAACGAUAUCACAACGAUGUUACAAGAAUGUAAUGCAUCUGUUCAACGUCUUGCAUUACAAGCUAAAAACCCACAGAAAAAUUCAUGUGAUCAACGUUUAAUUUCAAAUGCUGUUCAAGCAGCAGUCACUGCUUUUCAAGAUAUAACCACUAAGUUUCGGAAUUACCAAUGGGGUUAUAUUCUUCAAUUGAAACAUCGGAACGAAAAUAGUCGUCAGACUAUGACUAAUUUUGAUAUUAAUAUGCAUUCCAAUCCAUUUACUGAUCAAGAUGAUCCAGAUAUAGAUUUUGAUCAAUUAACUUUAACGUUAGAAAGUCAAGAACAAGUAACAUCGGUAACUCUUAAAUUUGAGAAAGAACGUGAGAAAGAAAUUCGUGAAACACUUCAGUCAAUGAAUGAUGUUAAUAAUAUAUUUAAUGACAUUGCAACAUUAGUUUCUAGUCAAGGAACAUAUAUAGAUCAAAUAGAAUGUAAUAUGGAAGAAGCUGUUGUUCAACUUGAACAAGGAAAUCAACAUUUAGUUAAAGCCGUUGAACAUCAGAAUCGAUUGUUAAAAUGGAAAUUAAUAUUUAUUGGUAUUGGUGCUGCUGUUUUAUUAUUUAUUAUUUUGAUGAGUAUUAUAUGA